AAGAUUCUCGCCUCUUAGUGACGUCACGCAUACAGCACCGUUCAUCGCGAACCCCGUUCGAUUUCCCCGAUUGCAGCGUGCCGGCAUCCUGCCCCGGGCCGAGUAGAGAACGUGUGCGCCCAAGGCAGGAGAGCAUGUGGCACCGCGCGCCGGUCAGAGCGACAACAUAGGAUCCGAAACUUCGCGCAACGCAGAAUAGGAUCCGUCGUCGGGUACAUCCUCCGAGAAGAUACAUUGAACCGGACUUGUACCGGGGCGGAAGCUUAGCGAUUCACCGAAGCUGGUCGACUGCGGAUCACACCGAGCAAAUCAGGAUCGCAAUGGAAGCGAACGUGAGCUGCAAUCAGCUGCUUCCUAAAUCGAAAGCUGACUUCGCUACGAAAGAUUACUGGGAUCGCUUUUUCACGAAACGAACGGCCGCGUUCGAAUGGUACGGAGAAUUCUACCAAAUAUCUCCCGUGAUAUUCAAGUAUGCCAAGCAAAACGAUAAAUUGCUCGUGGUCGGCUGUGGAAACUCGACAAUGUCCCAGGACUUGUACAGGAGCGGAUACACUUCGGUGGUGAGCGUCGACAUCUCUGACGUCGUGAUCAAACAAAUGAAGAAGAAAUACCCGAAACUAGAUUUCCGCACCAUGGACGCAACGAACCUCGAAUUCUCCGACUCGGAGUUCGGCAUCGUAAUCGAUAAAGGGACCACCGACGCUCUCCUCCCUUCGGACGCUCCCGAUAAGAUUGAAGUGGCGCACAAAGUUUUCAGCGAGGUCGCUCGCUGUCUCCGUUUCGGCGGACGUUUCAUAUGCGUCAGUCUGCUUCAGGACCACGUCGCGGGAGCGGUAUUCGAUUAUUUCAGAACGAAGAGCGCACAAGACACGACAUGGGUUGUCAGAGUUCACAGAUGCGAGGAUUGCAAGACGUGCGACUCUAGUCUGAUUCUACCGGUUUACAUACUCGUUUGCACCAAGAUGAAACGGCUACCCACGGGGCCGUGUGUCUUGGAGCUCAUGAUCGGAGACAAAGCCAUGCGGUACACCUCAGCUGAAGAUCUAUGCAAGGAGAUCAAAGAACAGCAGAACUUCGCGUUCUUGAAGAAUCACGUCAACAAAACCACGCUGACUGAGGAAUUCCAUACGCAGCUGUUCUCAACCGAAGACACGCAAAACCCAAAGUACGAACUCUUCAUCGUAGACACUCCUGACUCAGACACUCAAUGCAAGUUGGCGUGUUUCCUCGUGCCGGAGGGCCGCGAAGUAGAAUGGCUCUACGGAACCCCCGAGGGCAGGAAGAUAACGGCCAAGCAAUGCGGGGCGACCAGGGUGAUCUUCGUACAUUUGAACCGAGUUUUCACCUACGGGAGUCAGCAGGAUAUCCAGGACGAGCUGUCUGACGCCAUACAAGAGAUGGUCCCUCGAAACUUCAAGGAGGGAGUUCGUAUACCGUUCAUGUCCCUGGGCGAUUCUGCAGGCACGAGGAAUGUCUUAGAGAAAGGCCACAGCGAUCUGAGUGGUACCUUCGUCGUCGAAGACGUGAGGGUUUACCACGAGACGUUCCGCAGACUGGUAUUCUGCGGGAGGCAGAGCGUCAUCCAGACAGAAAUGCGAAUCACCGCUGGAGGAGAACUGGACUUCAGUUACCUCUCGGGUGAAUACUACAGGUACAUGUUGGUCGCGCUCGGCUACUUCGACCAGCCGGGCAGCGCUCUGCUCUUGGGAUUGGGCGGUGGCACGCUGGCUUCCUUCAUCUCCAAGUUCACCGAGUGGAAAGUUGAAGCCGUCGAGCUAGACCCAGCCAUCGUGGAGGUUGCCAGAAAAUACUUCGGGCUGCCUGAAAGCACCAUCACUCACGUACAAGACGCUUUCAAAUUCAUAAAAGAGACUACGGGAACCUUCGAAGUAAUUCUACUGGAUAUAGACAGCAAGAAUGUCGGACAAGCCAUGACCUGCCCGCCGGAAGAGUUUUUGGAAGAGGACUUCCUAGAUAACGUCGUCAAACGACUGACCGAGAAGGGAAUCUUCGUGGUGAAUCUCGCCUGCAGAGACGAAAGCAAGUGUCUAGAAGUGUACCGCACGUUACAGAAGAAAUUCCAAUAUUUGAGCAGAGUCGACAUUAGCGAAGAUGUCAACAAGAUCAUAAUGGCUUCGAACGUCUGCAAGUUCGAUAGUGUCCAGAAAUUAAUAGAGACGUCGCAGGGGAAGAACGAGAUCAGUAAUUUGUCCAGAAUGAUGGAAAGUGUAGAUGUGGCGAAGGACGAACAGAAAAAUACAGAAAGACUUCAUCGGUAGACGAAUUAUUAUUGUUCAAUCAAUAAAU